AUGAAGAGCUCAUGUGCAGCACUUCAGGUGGCACAAGCGCAAACAGGUUCCGGAAAGACCUUCGCCUUCGUGAUUCCCACGAUCGCCCGCCUUGUUCUGCGCGGCUGCCCUGCACGCCCCUUCUUUCCUGGACCGACGGCCCAGGCGUGCCCGGUGGUGAUGGUGCUGUCGCCCACGCGCGAACUGGCAAUCCAAACUUGCACCGAGAUGGAGGUCCUGACGAAAGGGACGAAGCUGUCUCAGAUGAGCAUCUAUGGAGGUGAGACGAUCAAGGAAACCGCGCGGCGAGUCGAGGCGGCUCCGAUCGACAUCAUUUGCGCGACGCCCGGCCGAUUAAUCCAACUCCUGGACGAGACCAAGCUGUCCUUGGCCUACGUCCAGACAGUGAUCUUGGACGAGGCAGAUCAGAUGCUGGAGCAGCGCCUGGAAAUCAUGUGCGCCGACAUUCUUGUGGGGCGGGACAUGCCCCCGCCGAGCUCUGGCAGGCAAACGCUGCUGUUUAGCGCGACCAUCCCACAGAAGAUCCGAGACAUGUGCCCGCAGAUCCUACGGGCGUCGCGAACGGGACACCUCACCAUCGGGCACUAUGCGGAGGACAAGGGUGGCUCGUGCGAGAGCAUCAAGCAGGUGAUUCGCUGGUCUCCCGACGACAAGCAGCGAAUUGGCGAGCUCAUCCGGGAUCUGCGUGCGCACUGGGAUCGGAACAAGGGCAGAGUGGUCAUCUUCUCCAACAUGCGCAUCACUGCAGACAAUCUCGCGCACCAGCUGCAGCGCGAAGGCAUGACCUGCCGGCACUUGCAUGGCAAGUUGGAUCAGGAAGUCCGGGAGAAGGUCUUUGACGGAUUCCGACGAGGUGAGUUCGACAUCUUGGUCGCCACCAACGUCGCGUCGCGCGGCCUUGACUUUCCCGACGUUUCCCUGGUGGUUCAGUUCAACCUUCCUGAGGACAUCGAUGUCUACACUCAUCGAGUGGGAAGAACCGGGCGCAUUGGCCAGGUUGGUCUGGCCAUGGCCUACAUGGGCCCCAAGGACAAGAAGGUGGCCACCCAGCUCGUGGAUUUCCUGGAGCUCAACAGGCAAGAAGUUCCCGAUUUCCUCCGCGACUUCGCUAUUCGAGUCGAGACGCUGCGGCACAGACGCUGA